UAAAAUCUGAUGUUGCCAAGAAACAGUUGGUAAACAGUGUGUGAGGAAAAAUGUCGUUUUCUUUGUCCAGAGUUCCUAGGUUUAAGGAUAAUAUUAGCUGUACACCUCCUCCAACGAGAUAUGUGGCACGCAGCAAUGACAAAGUGAUUGGAUAUGUCUCAUACGACAAGCAGAAUGUAGCCCGGUUUGAUGGUGGACAAUGCAACACUCAAGUCGGAUGUCGAGGAAUGUCCAGGGCAAAGUGUACAUCUAGCCUAAAAUCAAAUAAAAGUAGCAGUGAGAAGGAAAUUAGAACACGUCGUAACAUUUCUCCUGUGUGCAAGUCACCAGAAAGCAUUACACCUGAACUGAAGAAACAAAUACCCAAAGAACAGGAACGUUUUGUGGAAGAAACUCUAGGAGACAGAGUAGUGAAAAAAAAUAGUUCGUUAACUCCCACAGGAUCAGUUGAAGCCAACUCAAAUUCCAGUGACACAGUUACAGAAUCAAAACACAAUCGACGAGAAGCUGAGCUCUUGAGUGAACUGCGGGCUACUCGAGCAAAGCUGAAAUCAACUGAGCAUCACAAGAAGGAGGCACAGGACAGAGCUAAAUCCUUGGAGGAAGACAACAAAGCAGCUCGGGAUGAGGUGCGUGUCAUCCGGCAAUCAUUAACAGCUGCCCGUAAUGAAAAGAAACAGUUGCAAGAGCUAGUAAGCCAGAAUAAGGUCAAGACCGAACAGGUGAAUUUAACGUUGUGUCAGGAAUGCAAACUCUUGAUAGGACAUGGAGAGUUGAAGCAAAACAAACAGGCACACCAGGUGAAGGAGGUGUCAGUGCAAGCAGAUGAAAUUAAAAACAUUUUCUCAACGAUAGAUAGAAAAAUGAUUGAAGUGGAACAUAUGAAAGAAAGAUUGCAAGAAAUGCAAAAUGAGAAAACUGCACUCCUAGAAAAAAAUACAUCACGUGCUACACGCAUUGCACAGAUGAAGUGUGAAUCUUAGGAGAGAUAAGAUGAAAGGCCACCAGAGCAGGACUUGAAUGAAGAUGUGGAAUUACCAGUUGUGAAAUUACGUUAAAUUGGAUGAUGCUACUGGAAAGCUUUCUUGCUCCUGGUAUCCAAAAAUUCACAAUGAGACCACAUUUGCAGGGCACGAUGUUGUAGAAGACCCACAGACUCACGGUUAUGCCUGGACAGCAGCCGCUUAUUUGGUUGUAGGUUAUGGUAUCAAAGGGAGGGAAUGUGAUGGAGACAGGUUUCUCUUUUCUCGUUGGAACAUGCAGCCAGGUCCCUUUGUGACUGGUAAAACCGGAGAUUCUCAGGGCCACUUUCUGGUAGAGUGGCUACAGUGACUAGUCGAUCUGAUGGGCGCUCAGCCAAUCGGAGGGGUUGUCCCACCCCCGGUCCUGGAGAAACCUGUCUCAGUUGUCACAUUUUCCCUUAUUGGCAUGACCUUAAUCUAAAUCAGCAUGCUUUUGUCCAGGCAUGUCAAGUCUGUAGCACUUCUUUGAGGAAGACUUCCAUUUGUUUUAUUUUGUGAAGGACAACUUAUGACUCACCUUCUGUCAUCUUCAUUCUCACUGCGGUAACAACCUGAAAAAUCAAGAAUGUACACUUAAAAUUACAAUUUGCGAAUCUCACGAAGCAUCUGUGUAAUAAGGAAAAUAUUAAUAUCAAUUCAAAGUGGAAAAUAAAUUGUCAAAAUAUCAGUGUUUCAACAGAUUUGAUAAUUAAACUGUGGGUUCUUGAAUUUGAAA